UUAAAUAGAAAUGCAUUUAUUUGGUAUUUCUCUGUGUUUGGUUGCUACGUCCAUGGUUAUGGCUUCUGUACAAGCCUUAACUCCAGCUGAUCUUUCGUCUUUAUCUAACCAUAAAAGGCUGCUAACAUAUUCAGACCAGGUAUUAGCAGGUGGUAAUAGCCGAAGAUCUAUCUUGGCUCGCAGAAGAACAGGCAAUGUAAAAAGAAAACGGGAUGUCAAGAACGCUCCAGCUAAUACAGGAGUUGACCAGGCUCAAAAUACCGGUGCUUCAGCUAAUCCUGUUAAAAGCAGUCAAGGUGGAGAAGGGGGUGAAAAUGAACCGGAUGAAAAUGAACCAGAUGAAGAUGAAAAAUAAAGCAUUCAUGAAAAGCGGUCUUUGCCAUUAAUUUUGAAGUAAAUUCAAACCGCUGUGCAGCUCAGAAAUUUUUUAAUAAAGUCGUACAAUUGAACCAAUGAAUUGAUGGCAUUUUCUUUCAGUCGAUGCUAAUGAAAGAAUGAAG